CCUUUUAAGAUAACGGUUCCCAAGUAACAAAAUGGCGAGCUUAGGAGCCUUUCUACCUGCAGGUCGUUCUUGCAUAAUUGUAUUUACCCUGGUUUCAUUCACCCUUGGAAAGAAUAUUGAAAACGAAAUUCUGCAACGUCUUGAAAAGAUUGAGGAGUUCAACUCAAAUCUGAAGAUGGAGAAUUCUAAUCUCAAAUCGGAAAUAAUUAAAAUUAAACGCGAAAAUGGUGAGCUGGCCGAGACGAUAAAUAAGAUGAAAUCUGAAAAUUUUAAAGAGAACAAUAAGAUUGAUGAGCUUAAUUCUGAUUUCAAAACAGAAAAUUUCAAACUCAGAUUGGAAAUGGCCGAUUUACGUAAGGAAAUGGAUGGCGUGAGACACGAAAACAGUGAGCUGAAAAAUACGGUGAAUGAGAUGAAAGUUUGGAUGAGGUCUGGGCAAUUCUCCAAAAACAAUGAUUCAGAUGCUAGGAUCAAGACUGAAAGAGGUCCUGCCCCCAGAAUGUCGAUCCAAGUAGCAAAUAAACGUCAAAAUGAGCAUCACAUUCGAUCAUCCCAGAGAAUAAAUCCGCUAGCACCUGACGUCGCUGAACAACCAAUAGCUUUCUACGCCUACAUGGAAUCAUACAGUACCUCAAGCCUUCCAAUUCACACAACACUUAUAUUCGACACAGUUCAGCUCAACGACGGUCACGGAUACAGUAAGCACGACGGGGUGUUCAUAGCCCCAAGAGCUGGAGUCUACGUGUUUCAUUGGACAAUCCAAGUCGACAUUCAUGCCUGGGCUAGUAUUGAGAUAGUUGUCAACGGAACACCAAUUGGGUGUGCAGCUUCGGACACACUGAGAUUGGGCGACUGGGGCACAGGAAGUGGACUAGUAGCAACGCGCGUGAAUACUGGAGACCACGUAUUCCUUCGCACGCAGGAAAAUGCUACGGGUGUUCUCUUAAGCAAUCACAGGGCGAGGACAUCUUUCUCAGGAUGGCUUCUGUAUUCCUGAAAUUUGUACGAUAUACUUGAAUUUUAAAUAAAUUAGGCUGUGCAUUUCCCUUUCUACUUUCUCAUUUUCU